UGCAAAGAGGCUAAUUGGUAGGAAGUUUAGCGACCCCAUUGUUCAGAGUGAUAUGAAGUUAUGGCCAUUCAAAGUAAAUAGUGGCCUCGAUGACAAACCCAUGAUUGUCGUCAAUUACAAUGACGAGGAAAAGCAUUUUUCUGCUGAGGAAAUUUCAUCCAUGGUAUUGACAAAAAUGCGUGAGAUUGCAGAAACUUACCUUAGAUCAACAGUGAAUGAUGUUGUUAUAACUGUGCCUGCUUACUUCAAUAACUCACAAAGACAAGCUACUAGAGAUGCAGGUGUUAUUGCAGGCCUUAACGUUAUGCGAAUACUCAAUGAGCCUACUGCAGCAGCAAUUGCAUAUGGCCUUGGCAAGAAACCAUUUCAUUCUGGACCUAGACAUGUCUUCAUUUUUGAUUUAGGCGGUGGUACAUUAGAUGUAUCUGUUCUCACAUUUGAGAAAGAAAAUAUCCAUAUUAAGGCCAUUGGCGGAGACACCCACCUCGGGGGACAAGACUUUGAUUAUACAAUGGUGACCUAUUUCAUGAAGGAGUUCCUGAGGAAGCAUAAGAUUGAUAUUAGUGGAGACCCAAGAGCCCUUAGGAGGUUGAAAUCUGCUUGUGAAAAAGCAAAGAGAAUACUUUCUUCCAAUACUGAGACCACCAUUGAGAUAGAUUGUUUAAAAGAUGGUAUAGAUCUAUGCUUACCAAUUAGUCGUGCAAGGUUUGAGGAACUCAACAAGAAUCACUUCAACAAGUGCAUGGAGAUUGUAGAAAAGUGUCUAAUAGAUAGCAAGAUGGACAAGAGCAGAAUUCAUGAUGUUGUCCUUGUUGGUGGAUCUACAAGGAUCGUAAAAGUGCAACAACUACUGAGUGAUUUCUUUGAAGGGAAGGAAUUAUGCAACAGCAUCAAUGCCGAUGAGGUGGUUGCAUUUGGCGCCGCUGUCCAUGCAUCUAUGUUGAGUGGGGAAAUUAGCGAAAAGGUUCUAGAUUUGAAAUUGAGGGAGGUCAUUCCUUUGUCCCUUGGAUUGGAAGUAAUUGGAGGAAUCAUGGAAAUAAUGAUUCCUAGGAAUACCAUAUUUCCUAUAGACAUGGAAAAAGUAUUCACCACACCUUUAGACAACCAAAUCAAUAUUGUCAUUAAUGUUUAUGAGGGUGAGAGGCAAAUGAUCAGGGACAACAACUUGCUUGGAACAUUUGAGUUCAAAAUUCCUCCAGUUCCGGCAGGUGUUCCUCAUAUCAAGAUCAACUUUCAAAUUAAUGAUGAUGGCAUCUUACACGUCUCUACCACGGAAGAAAUUCUUGGAGUUAAUAAGAAGGUUAAGAUAAUAAAUCACAGGGGAAGGCUAUCAAAUGAGGAAAUUGAGAGAAUGAUCAAAGAAGCUGAGAAGUACAAGGAAGAGGAUAAAAGAUAUAAGAAGAAUGCAGAAGCAAGAAAUGCACUGCAGACGUAUGCAUACAACAUGCGAAAUGCAAUAAAUGAUGAGGAAAUUAGUUUGAAGCUUUCAGCAAAAGAAAAGAAAGAGAUAGAUGAAAAAAUUGAUUUGGUUUUACUGUGGCUUGAUGUCAAUGUGGUUGCAGAACAACAUGAUUUUGAAAAAUUUCAUAGACUUGUUUCAAGUGUGUUUAAUCCAAUUAUCAUUAAGAUGAUAAAAGACGAUGUGGAGAGUGAUGUACAGCACGGUACUGAUGUUCAAAAUAAAAAGAACGAGGGGAGUAGUGUGCAGCAAGGUACUGAUGUUCGAAAUAAAAAGAAGCGCCGUUGGAUGUUUUUAUUAGCAAAAUAUACUUUGCAGAUAGUGUAUACAGCUACAACAGGUGACAUCACCGGAAUAACUUCUUCUAUAAUUGGUGACUGUUUGAAAAAUAGUAUAAACAAAUAAUAUAAAAAAAAUGUUGAAUUGUUGGAUUUUCUUUUGGAUCAUGUAUGUGACGCCUUUAUGUAUUCUCUACAUCUUUGUUAAUUUGUAAUAACACAAAUGCCAAGCUGUUGUUUUGCUGAGCUCGCUAAGCAUUUAGAGUUUGUUAGAGGCUUAGUCAUAAGUCUCAGAUGUAUAAAUAGUCUUUUCCUUCAUUUGUACAAUUUGGAUUCUCAUUUUUCACUUCA